AAUACAGUCGAGCUUAUAGCCAACACAUUCAAACAAUAUUUUAUUAUACACAUAUGUAUGUACAUAAUUUAUGUAGACAAAUGAUUUCGUCCUACACCUUUUGUGACGUCAUUCCCAAGAGCCAUAAUAGACAAAAAUUCAAUGCAUCACACGUGUUAAGAUACAGCUGAUUAUACACCUAGCCAGUAGGUGGUUUCAUGAGCACAUUAAGCUUCAAGAAAUUAACCCUUUCUCGAACCAGUUGGCUCAAGUGGUUCAAUGCCUCAUGAGGCUUCAUCUCACCAUCACUACUGCUAAGCCUCCCUGGCAAGGUCGAAUCAGGAAUCCUGAGAGGAGGGUUCAUCAGAUAGUUGAUUAAGGAAGAGCAGUGUGGCUUUCGUCAUGGUCGUUUGUUGCCAGUCACGUGGUUGUCAGCUAAACGACACAACCAUCGAAGCGGGGCUUCAUCUGACACGCCUCGAAACCUGAUUUCAGAUUGCCGUAGCUCAUCGCUAAUAGCAGUGAGUAACUACCGUUAGAGACGGGGUCGGAGGGUUGCGACGCAAUUACUCUCAUACGGGAAGUUUUCGGAAAAAUGCUAAUACGAGAGCACACCGGAACAGAAGGGUAAGAUACGGUAGUUUUUCGGCCAAAACGGGAGACUUGACAGGUAUGACUCGGAACAGUAGCAUAAAUACUCGAAUGCACCACAGACGUAGUGCGGAAGUCACAUGUCUUCAGCUGACGUAGUGCGGAAGUAAACAAUUCUUAGCGGACGUGGAGUGAGGUUCUUGUCAGUUUAACGCCUGAAAUUCUUUGUUUGAUAGAGCAGUAGCUCAUUUAGUCACUGCUGUGGUUCGCAUAAGUUCAGAGAACUCUACCUUUUGAAGUGAACGUGGUGUUGGCUAUAAGCUCAACUGCAAAAUAGAUGGCGUCGGCUGAGGAGGCCAGUAGGCCGUUUGCUGGGCUGUCAGACGUCUCCAUAUCGGAAGAGAUACCAGUGGAAGGAGAUAUUGCCGUCCCCGUCGGCCCAUCCACAAGAGACGAUGAGUUUUCCACUCUGGACGAGCCGGUGAAGGCAACUAUUGUGCGUGACCUCCGAGCCGUGGGUAACAAGUUUAUUCAUGUGCUGUAUCCAAAGCGGAGCUCGGCUCUGCUGCGUGACUGGGACCUGUGGGGUCCGCUGCUGCUCUGCGUCACGUUGGCUCUGCUGCUUCAAGGCGGCGCGGCCAACAGCGACGACCAGGGAGGACCGCAGUUUGCCGAGGUCUUUGUCAUCAUUUGGUUCGGCUCUAUCGUCAUCACUCUUAACUCCAAGCUCCUGGGUGGCACAAUCUCUUUUUUCCAGAGUCUGUGUGUACUGGGAUACUGCAUCAUGCCUCUGACAGUGGCCCUCAUUGUGUGCCGGAUUGUCCUUCUCAGUGGUUCAGGGAAAGUGAGCUUUGCGGUUCGACUGGGAGUGGUGACGGCAUCUUUUGGCUGGUCUACCUUUGCUUCUACGGCUUUCCUUGCUGACAGCCAUCUGACCAACCGCAAGGCACUUGUGGUAUAUCCAGUGUUUCUCUUCUACUUUGUGAUUGGGUGGAUGAUAUUGACAUUUUCACCAGGAAACUGACAGAACUGUUUUUGCUAUGUUGGGAAGAGAAACCUAAAUUUCCAUAUUUAAACACGGGCGACUACUGAGAUAGUUCAUGGAUGUUUUUUUUUUUUUUUAAUUUCUGUUUACUGUCAACAUUAUUAUUAUUUUUUUCCUUUUUUGUAAUUAGAGGGAUUAAGCAAUGUUGCCACAAUAAGUUGUUUUUAUGACUCUUCAACAUUAUUAUUAAAGUACAUCAAUAAGUUUGGAUGAAA